UGGCAUCGCCGGGCUUUCCAUCGCCCCCCAGUGUCGCAGGAAGGCCCCGGCUGCCCCUGAUGGCCAUCUAUGAUCCAUUGAUUUGUCGGAUGCCUUCAGGUCGGAGCCCGGGUUUCAUGGCCGCAGCCGCCACGCUGGCUGUGUCCUUCCAGAAACAUGCUGGACGAAGUGGACGUCCAGUAAACCAGUCCAGCCCGCUAAGGAAGGCGCACUCGCACGAUGGAAGCCUCGAAAACGCUUCCGAACGGGCGCCGGACUGGUCCUGGAAGAUCCCAAGGGUUCAGAUCUUGGCUUUGUUGCUCUUGGCCUGCGUGGCCAAUCAAGCUUGUCGCGCCUUGCCGUUUUACUUGGUGGAUUUCGGUGACCCCACCCAGGCGGGGCGAGCAAUGAAUCAGGACUUGAGUUUCACCUCGGCGGACUACGGCUUCUUCGCCACUCUGGGCUUCACCGUGCCGUUUACGGUGGCUUCUCUGUGGGCUGGAGUCACUGCAGAUCGCAUGGACCGCUUUCGCUUGACGGCGGCGGCGGGCUUUGGGUGGUCCUUGUGCACUGCCGGUAUGGCCUUGUGCAGUUCCUUCGGCGGCGUCCUAUUGCUGCGCAUGCUGCUGGGGCUCAGCCAGGCAGCCACGAAUCCAGCAGCGCUCUCGUUGAUCGCAGAGCUCUUCCCAGAUGCGCGGGCGACGGCCAACGCCAUCUUCGGUCUGGGGAUUUACCUGGGCGGCGCUAUGGCCUCUCUGGGGGCCUUUAUCGAUGAACAGGAGGGCUGGCGAUCAGCUUGCUUGAUCUUCGGCGUUGCUAGCCUCGCGGCAUCGUUACCUGCUCUCAGCAAACAUGAUGAGAAGCAAGCGAUCCCCAGCCGAGCUCGAGCUACCUGGCCAAGCGAUGACAACUUGUCAAGCCGCCUGGCCUCUCUCCCCCAGGCCACUGCCAACGUUUGGGAAAGCUCCAUGCAGGCCGUUGAGCCCAGCGGUGCGCGAUGGCUCCUGCUGGCAAGUGCCUUGCGUUUCAGUGCAGGUUUCGCCAUUUUGGUCUGGCUCCCGUCUGCCAUCCGCGCCAGCUUCCCGGAAGACGUGGAGCAGUUUGCUUUGGUCAACUCCCUUAUUAAGGGUGUUGCGGGCAGUUUAUCUUCCAUCAGUGGAGGCGUGGCCGCGGAUGCCUUGCGAUCAAAAGGCUUCGGCGACCGCUCGGCGGCCUGGUUCUGCGCGGCCUCGAGCCUGGCAGCUGCUCCUUUGUGGUAUUUCACCCUGGCCGAGGGGUUGAGUUUCCAGGUUUGCAUGGCACUUCUUUGUGCGGAGUAUUUGGUGGCUGAGAGUUGGUUGGGCCCAGCCAUUUCAGCCCUCCAAGGCUCAGUGCCUUCGGACCGACGCGGCACAGCGCAGGGGGUUUUCUCCUCCCUCACUGCGCUUGGAAAUGCCUUGCCCGUUGGAUUGGGUUUGCUGACCCCCUCGGAUCUGACUUCUGGCCUUCAGAUCAGUGUGGCGGCGUGUUAUCUCCUCAGCGGUCUUUGCUUUCUACUGGCCUCCAGUCAUUUGCAACAGGAGGUUCCUCACCCUGAAGAUGCUUCGCAGUGAGUAGCAAGCUGAAUGGGAAGUGGAGCUGUAUAGAACACCUCGCUGUGGGUCAAAUUCUGCG